AUGUCAUCUUCUCCAAUUCGUGAUGUUAAUGAUCUCCCCGAAGAUCCAAGCUUGAAGGAAACCGAGUCACAAUCUCAAACACAAGGUAAUCCGGCAGCAGUUCCAUCAUCACCAUUAUUUUUUGCUACAUCAUCGUCCAAUCCACAAUCCGAAGCUAAUGCUCCAAAUUCACAAUCACAAAGGAGAGAUGUGUCAUCUCCAUUAAACUACAGUUCUUCGGUUCAUCAUACUUCUGAUGCUCCUCGAGGAAAUGGAAUAAGCUCAGGAAGACCUAGAUCUGACAGAUUAACAAGUGAUGUUGAUAGAAUUAUAAGAAGACAUAAUAGAAGUGAUUUGCAUGACACUAAUUCAUCUCCCAUGCGUAGAAGAAUUUUCACAGAAUCUAAUACUGGAAAUAGUGAUGGAAUAAAUAUGCAUUCUUCAUCUUCACAUUUCAAUACUGAUCCAAUGGAAGGAAAUGAUGAGCCAGUGAGAGUUAUUUGGGGUACUAAUGUUUCUAUUCAAGAUUGCUCUAAUGCGUUCAGAGAUUUUUUGAUGAACUUCAAAUUCAAAUACAGAAAGAUUAUGGAUGACAGGUCGAUAGACCCUGAAGAUAGCAACUUAUAUUACAUUAAUAAAUUGAAUAACAUGAGAGAUUUAGGAUUCACCAAUCUUAACUUGGAUGCUAAGAACUUAUUAUCCUAUCCUGCUACUAAAAAGUUGUAUUAUCAAUUAAUCAAUUAUCCUCAAGAAGUCAUACCGAUUAUGGAUCAAACAGUUAAGGAUUGUAUGGUGUCAUUAAUCAUGGAUAAUAAUGAGCUAACCACAGGCAAUGCUAGCAUUGACGAUAUUGAGACUAAUAUUUAUACUAUUCGUCCAUAUAAUUUAAAUGCUGUUGAAAAGGGCAUGAGAGAAUUAAAUCCAAAUGAUAUAGAUAAGUUAGUUAGUGUCAAAGGUUUGGUUUUGAGGGCAACAUCAAUUAUUCCAGAUAUGAAGGUCGCUUUUUUUAAAUGUAAUGCCUGUGAUCAUACCAUUGCAGUCGAAAUUGAUAGAGGUGUUAUCUCCGAACCAACUAAAUGUCCAAGAGAAGUUUGUGGUCAGACAAACUCGAUGAUGAUAGUUCACAAUAGAUCAUCAUUUGCAGACAAGCAAGUCAUCAAGUUGCAGGAGACACCAGAUUUAGUUCCAGAUGGACAAACUCCUCAUUCUAUCAAUUUAUGCGUGUAUGAUGAAUUAGUGGAUUGCUGUCGUGCUGGGGACCGUGUUGAAGUUUGUGGUAUUUUCAGAUCAUUACCUGUGAGAGCCAACUCAAGACAGAGAGCUCUUAAAAAUUUAUACAAGACCUAUUUGGAUGUUGUACACGUUAAAAAGAUCGAUAAAAAGAGACUCGGGGCUGAUGUUAGUACAUUAGACCAAGAAGCGUCAGACAAAGAACAAGAAGUAGACCAAAUCAGGAAAUUAUCAUCAGAAGAAAUUAAUGAAAUUAGGGAAGUAUCUGAAAGAGAUGAUUUGUAUGAAGUCUUAGCUAGAUCUCUAGCGCCUUCAAUUUAUGAAAUGGAUGAUGUGAAAAAGGGUAUUCUUUUGCAAUUGUUUGGAGGUACCAACAAAACCUUUCAAAAAGGUGGUAGGUAUAGAGGUGAUAUUAAUAUCUUAUUGUGUGGUGAUCCGUCUACAUCUAAAUCUCAAAUAUUGCAAUACGUACAUAAAAUUGCACCUAGAGGGGUAUACACAUCAGGAAAAGGUUCCUCGGCAGUUGGUUUGACGGCCUAUAUUACUAGAGAUAUUGACACCAAGCAAUUGGUUUUAGAAAGUGGUGCUUUGGUAUUAUCUGAUGGUGGUGUCUGUUGUAUUGAUGAAUUUGACAAAAUGAGUGAUAGUACGAGAUCAGUUUUACAUGAAGUUAUGGAACAACAAACUAUCUCGAUUGCUAAAGCAGGUAUUAUUACUACGUUAAAUGCCAGAACAUCUAUUUUAGCAUCUGCUAAUCCAAUUAACUCGAGAUAUGACCCAAAUUUGCCAGUUACUUCUAAUAUUGAUUUGCCACCUCCAUUAUUAUCCAGAUUUGAUUUAGUAUACUUGAUUUUAGAUAAGGUUGAUGAAAAAAUUGAUAGACAAUUGGCAAGGCAUUUAACUGAUAUGUACUUGGAAGAUACUCCUGAAAAGGUUACAAAUAACUUUGUCUUACCUGUUGAAUUCUUAACUUCUUACAUUCAGUAUGCAAAGGAAAAUUAUAAUCCAGUCAUGACAGAAGAAGGUAAAAAUGAACUCGUUAGAGCUUACGUAGAGAUGAGAAAGUUAGGUGAUGAUACUAGGUCGUCUGAAAGGAGAGUAACAGCAACAACAAGACAGCUAGAAUCUAUGAUAAGAUUAUCUGAAGCGCAUGCUAAAAUGAGACUAUCUGAACGUGUCGAAUUAAUUGAUGUCAAAGAAGCAGUUAGGUUAAUUAAAUCUGCCAUUAAAGACUAUGCAACUGAUCCAAUAACUGGUAGAAUUGAUAUGGAUAUGGUGCAAACCGGUACCACAGCAGCCCAAAGAAAGAUACAAGAAGAUUUAACACAUGAGAUCAUGAAUGUUAUAGAGGAAAACAAUAACUCAAUAAGAUUCACUGAUUUAGUGGUAAAAAUUAAUGAAAAAACAUCGUUCAGAGUGGAAAAUCAAGAUAUCAAUGAUGCAAUCAAAAGAUUGCAACAAGAAGGAAAAGUCAUUGAAGCAGGUGAUAGUCACAGAAGAACGAUUAGAAAAGUAUCUCUUGUGUAA